GUCACGUGACCAGAAACGUCAAGGAUUCAAUGGCAGCCUACUGUUUUGUAAAUUAACACAAGGGACAGCUGCAUAAAAUAGUGUUUUAAACGACAGAAUUGCAUUUCUAAGGCUAUUUGUCAGAUAUCUCAUAGACGGCUGAAGACGACAUGGGCUCAGACGCUGCCAUGUCUCCCAAGAUCACGGUGGAGCUGCUGCGGCAGCUACGGCAAGCCAUGAGGAACACCAAGUACAUCGCUGAGCCCAUCCAGGCCUACAUUGUCCCCUCUGGAGACGCACACCAGAGUGAAUACAUCGCACCAUGUGACUGCAGACGUGAAUUCAUCUGUGGCUUCAAUGGCUCCGCAGGCACGGCCAUAGUAACAGAGAAGCAUGCGGCCAUGUGGACAGACGGACGGUACUUCCUCCAGGCCAGCCAGCAGAUGGACAACAACUGGACCCUCAUGAAGAUGGGUCUGAAGGAGACACUUAGCCAGGAGGACUGGCUGAUCAGUGUGCUGCCUGAGAACUCGACAGUAGGAGUGGACCCCUGGAUCAUUGCUGCUGAUCAGUGGAAGAACAUGUCUAAGGCCCUGGCCAGUGCAGGCCACUCCCUGGUGGCUGUUCAGGACAACCUGAUAGAUGCCAUCUGGAUGGACCGUCCAACCAGACCCUCCACUCAGCUCCUCACCCUGGGCCUGGGGUUCACGGGUCUGACCUGGCAGGACAAGAUGACCGCUCUGAGAUCCAAGAUGGCCGAGAGGAAGAUCUCUUGGUUCGUUGCCACGGCGCUGGAUGAGAUUGCAUGGCUGUUCAACCUCCGUGGCUCUGACAUCGAGUACAACCCUGUUUUCUUUGCCUACGCCAUCGUUGGAAUGAACACAAUCAGGCUCUUCGUGGACAUCAAGCGUCUGGCCGUGCCGACGGUGAGGGAGCACCUUCAGCUGGACACGCCCUCCAAGGUGGAGCUUAGCAUCCAGACUGCCCCCUAUGAGUCUGUGUUCACAGAGCUGCAGGCUGUGUGUGCCUCCCUGGGGCCCAAGGAGAAGGUGUGGAUCAGCGACAAAGCCAGCUGCGCCCUCAUGCAGGUCAUCCCCAAGACCCACCGGUCUCCUAUCCCCUACACUCCUCUCUGCCUCGCCAAAGCUGUCAAGAACGCCACCGAGAUUCAAGGGAUGAAAAUGGCCCAUAUCAAGGAUGCUGUCGCCCUUUGUGAGCUCUUCGCUUGGUUGGAAAAAGAGAUUCCAAAAGGCACAGUGACUGAGAUAUCCGCAGCAGAUAAGGCAGAGGAGUUACGCAGCCAACAGAAAGACUUUGUUGGACUCAGCUUCCCAUCCAUUUCCAGUGUUGGACCAAACGGAGCAAUCAUUCAUUACAGACCCCUCCCUGAAACCAACAGAACUCUCUCUCUAAAUGAAAUCUACCUCCUCGACUCUGGAGCCCAGUAUAUUGAUGGAACAACAGACGUCACCCGCACCAUGCACUUUGGAUCCCCCUCUGCUUAUGAGAAGGAAACCUUCACCUAUGUUCUGAAGGGACAUAUAGCCGUCAGCGCUGCCAUUUUCCCCAACGGAACCAAAGGCCACCUGCUGGACUCGUUUGCCCGCCAGGCGCUGUGGGAGUCUGGGCUGGACUACCUUCAUGGUACGGGCCACGGGGUGGGAUGUUUCCUCAAUGUCCAUGAGGGACCCUGUGGGAUCUCCUACAAGACCUUUGCCGACGAGCCCCUGGAGGCAGGCAUGAUUGUCAGCGAUGAACCUGGGUACUAUGAGGACGGCUUGUUUGGCAUUCGAAUUGAAAACGUUGUUCUGGUGGUGCCAGCAAAACCCAAGUACAACUACAGGAACAAGGGCAGUUUGACAUUUGAGCCUCUCACUCUGGUCCCCAUCCAAGCCAAAAUGGUAAACACAGAUCUUCUCACCCAGAAAGAGCGUGAUUGGGUGAACGAGUACCACAGGCAGUGCCGGGAGACGAUUGGAGCAGAGCUGGAGAGGCAGGGCCGCAAGGAGGCCAUGGAUUGGCUGAUCAGGGAAACCCAGCCAAUCGCCUGAAGGCUAUUCUGUGACUGACUCUUAUUUAAUUAAAUUGUAUUGCCCAGGAGUACAAUUGAUCGAUCAAUUGAUUGCUCAUCUCAGCAGUGAUGAUAACCUUUUCUUUUGAUAUUUUCUCUGAGAAGCUACUAUCUAUGGUUCUGGUCUCUGUGUAUUUCACGCUAUGCUUCUUUUCUAAAGCAUCAUCACCAUCCAUGUCUGAACUGUUUUAUGGCGAUUCAAUAAAUAUCCAAGUGUGGAAAAAAG